GUUUUAAUUUUUAUUAGAAAAUUUGUUUUGACAUUUAGUUUUUGUUAAAAUCUUGUGUUUUUAGAUAAAUUAAAUUAAAUUAAUACAUAUGCCGCAGGAAAACCUUAAUGAAGUCCAUGAUGAUAGUGAUGAUGAAGAUAAUGAGGAAAAAAGAACUAUAUUUUGCGCGAAUCUUGAUGAGAGAGUAACAGAAGAUUUAUUAUACGAAGUGUUUUUACAAGCGGGCCCCAUUGAAAGUGCUCGAAUACCAAAAGACCAGAAUGGGAGACAGCGUACAUUUGGCUUUAUUACUUACGUACACAAGUGUACACUGCCCUAUGCCAUGCAAUUGUAUCAAGGUCUAUCAUUAUACCGCAAAACAUUAACUUUAAAAUAUCAGGGAAGAACACAACAAUCGCCAAUGGGAAAUUACACAUCUGGUUAUAAUAAACGUCCUAGUUAUGACAAUUCAUCACUGCGGGCUGGUAAUUAUGUCCCUUAUAACGAUAGCCCGCCAAGAAAUCCUUUUCAAGGAAGUCCAACGGGAUCUGGUAAACACCAAGAUAAUAUUUCAAAGCACGCCUCAUCUCAGAGACGACCCCAUACAAAUACUAGUCCCUAUCAAAGAAACAGUACCGGUAGUGAAGAUCGCUUUCAUGAUCGGGAAAGAGAUAGGGAUCAUAAUAGAAGACGCCAUUACAAUAAUGGUAGCAAUCGCCAUUCUGAUCAGCGUAGUGGUAGCGGAAAAAAUCGUAGAUAGCAAAUUAUUUUCUACCUUGUUGCGCCGUGGACAAUGUGGCAACGAUUGUUGCUUAUAAGAAUUAUUAAAAAAUGUAUAAAAAUACCUUAUAUAUAUGCUGAUUAUACAGUAUACAGCCUUAAACAAAACAAAUGUUUUUUACUUUAUAAUAUGUCUCAGGAAUUUUCACAUACGCUUAUCAGUAUGUACUUUAAAUAUUAUAAUUUUGUUUCCUAAUACAAAAUUUGUUGUAAAUUGUAUUAAAUUACUUCAUUAUUUAUAAAAUUUUGUAUGAAAAACUAACCACAUAUUUAAAGACUAUGUGGUUUUUAAAUCCCUUUUUUGGGAAGUUAGGAUUUCAAAAAAACAGCUUAAAUUUUUGAAAAUAUAAAAAACCCCGGCAAUA